GUUUACGUUAAAUGUUUUGAAAUUUCGCCAAUGUAUUGUGCACAUGGGUGAUUUUUUCAGUAAUUUUAUGUAGUGAAUGCAAUGUAUAUUUUAUCAAAGUGUAAUAUGUUGUUUUCCAAACGUCCAUUCAAAUGUUGAGUCUGAAAGCACGCAUUUUUUAUCUCCUAUUUUUAUGUUUUUUGAGUGUUAGCCAUGCUACGCUGUCAAAAAGUGAUAGGAAAAGCAGCCGGCAAGAGAAGAAAACCCCCAAAAAUGAAAAUCAGUAUAGCUCAGAAAGUUCAUAUAAAGAGCAUAAUAUGCUCAGCAAAUCAAUUAACUAUCGAGACAUUGUAGAGGAACAUAAGUCCUUCAGUGUAACCCAGGCUGUGCUGCGUCGCUUCGACCGUGAAGUUCUUGGCUAUGUAACACCUUGGAAUAGUCAUGGAUAUGAUAUUGCAAAAAUUUUUGCUGCAAAGUUCACAAUGAUUUCUCCAGUUUGGCUGCAGAUGAAACCGAAAGAUUCACGAGGAGGAGUUUUAAUCGAAGGUUUACAUGAUAUUGACAAAAGUUGGCUAACAACUGUUCGUCAACUGAAUAAAAAGAUAAAAAUAGUGCCUAGAGUUAUAUUAGAACAAUGGACGUAUCCCACAUUUAAAAAACUGCUAAAAAUCAAAGAAAAUCAUGAUGGUGUGAGUGCCGAGUUGAUCAACUUGGCAAAAGAUAAGAAUUUUGAUGGCUAUGUUAUUGAAAUCUGGAGCCUCUUAGGAGGUCAAAUGAAAAAGGAGUUGGUCAACUUUUUGACUAAUGUAGCAUCUGCCUUGAAUCAGAAUAACUUGUCACUGGUUUUGGUUAUUCCUCCUUCAUCAUAUGCAAGAGGCCAGACUGGGAUGUUCCUCAAACAAGAUUUUGAAAGCCUUGUUGACCAUGUAACUGCCUUUAGUCUCAUGAGUUACGAUUAUUCCAGUUCUCAGAGACCCAGUCCAAAUAGUCCUUUGCCUUGGCUUCUUCAGUGUGUGGAAGAUUUAAUUCCUGAUCCAUCUAGUCCUAAUCGUAAAAAGAUACUGCUGGGAUUAAAUUUUUAUGGUAAUGAUUACUCUGGACUGAAUGGAAAACCUAUAAUUGGACAUGAGUAUAUUUCAAUACUAGAAAAGCAUAAACCAAAAUUUGUGUUUGACAAUGUAACUGGAGAACAUUCCUUCACAUAUAGGUCAGAGGGAAUAGAACAUCAAGUCUUUUAUCCUUCCCUCUAUUCCAUUCAUCUCCGUCUUCAACUUGCAAAAGAACUAGGAACUGGUGUUGCCAUUUGGGAAAUAGGACAAGGAUUAGACUACUUUUAUGAUUUAUUGUGAUAUUUUUUUA